AUGGGCUCUGCCGGAAAGAUGAGCGAUCAAACCCAUCAGAUGGCCGAUGCCGAUGAAAAAUGGGCCAGACUCAACUCAUUGGCCGACGCUAUCGAGGCGAGUUUGGACAGCGCAAAACGAGUCAUCGGAGAGGCCAGAGCCGGACUCGAAGACCUAGCUAAGCGGCUAGAGGAGUCCCACAGUGGACAAGAAGAAGAGAGCAGUAAGGAAGAGCAAAAGCCCUCCUCCGAAUAG